AAGGGGUGGGUCCUGUGACGUCAGCGAGUCGGAGCUGCGGGAGAGAAGCCUGGGGCCGGGGGCACCGAGCGGGGAGAGCCCGGCCCCGAGAGCAGAGCCGCGAGAGUAGACCGGGCGGGAACCGGCCGAGAGCCGGAGCCCCUCAGACACCUGCUCUACCGCCCUGCGGAUCGGCGCUCACGGAGUGGCCCGCAGGCCCCCGCCCGGGCCCAGUCCCUCCCCGGGCCCCCCCAUGGCCCGGGUCGCAGCCCUCCCGCCGUCGAGAUCGUCGCCGACGCUGCAGUUCCUGCCGCUGCUGCUGCUUCUGCUCCGGGAAACCGGAGCCCAGGAUGUCCAAGUUCGAGUGCCACCCGAGGUGCGGGGCUACCUGGGCGGCACCGUGCAGCUGCCGUGCCACCUGCUGCCUCCGGGACCGGAAGUCCGAGUGUCACAGGUGACCUGGCUGCAUGUAGACGCGGCCGGGGUCAGUAAGAGUGUGGCCGCCUUCCACCCCUCCUAUGGCCCCAGCUUCCGCAGCCCAAAACCUGGUGAAGAGCGGCUGUCCUUUGUCACUGCUGGGCAGAGUGCAGGGACCAGGCAGGGCACCGAGAUGGAUCUGCGGGACGCCACGCUGGCCCUCCGGGGACUGACAGUGGACGACGAGGGCAACUACACCUGCGAGUUUGCCACCUUCCCCAGUGGCACCAGUCGCGGGGUGACCUGGCUCAAAGCCAUAGCACAGCCCCAGAACCACGCCGAAACGCAGGAGGUCACGCUCAGCCUGGAUCCUGUACCCGUGGCCCGCUGUGUCUCUGAGGGUGGCCGCCCACCCGCUCGAAUCUCCUGGUUCUCACCCCUGGAUGGGGAGACCAAAGAGACCCAGAUGUCGGGGCCCGUGCCCGGCACAGUCACCGUCACCAGCCGGUUCACCUUGGUGCCCUUGAGCCGAGCAGACGGUGUCAAGGUCACCUGCAAAGUAGAGCAUGAGAGCUUCGAGGAGCCGAUCCUGCUGCCUGUGACCCUCUCCGUGCGCUAUCCCCCUGAGGUCUCCAUCUCCGGCUACGAUGACAACUGGUACCUAGGCCGCAGCGAGGCCACCCUGAGCUGUGACGUCCGCAGCAAACCGGAGCCCACAGGCUAUGACUGGAGCACGACAGCAGGCGUCUUCCCAGCCUCAGCAGUAGCCCAGGGCCCCCAGCUGAUCAUCCACUCAGUGGACAGACUGGUCAACACCACAUUCAUCUGCACAGUCACCAACGCCGUGGGCACGGGUCGUGCUGAACAGGUGGUCCUCGUGCGAGAGACCCCCAACACAGCAGGCGCAGGGGCCACGGGUGGCAUCAUUGGGGGCAUCAUCGCUGCCAUCAUUGCUACCGCUGUGGUCGCCACAGGCAUCCUCAUCUGUCGGCAGCAGCGGAAAGAGCAGAGGCUACAGGGGGCAGAGGAGGAGGAUGAUCUGGAGGGGCCUCCCUCAUACAAGCCACCAACCCCCAAGGCGAAGCUGGAGGAGCCUGAGAUGCCCUCCCAGCUUUUCACUCUUGGGGCCUCAGAGCACAGCCCACUCAAGACCCCCUACUUUGAUGCUGGCGUCUCAUGUGCGGAGCAGGAUAUGCCGCGAUACCAUGAGCUGCCCACCUUGGAAGAACGAUCAGGGCCCCUGCUCCUUGGGGCCACGGGCCUGGGUUCCCCCAUCCUGGUGCCUCCUGGGCCACCUGUCGUGGAGGGGGUUUCCCUGGACUUAGAGGAAGAUGAGGAGGAGGAGGAGGAAGACUAUCUAGAUAAGAUCAACCCCAUCUAUGAUGCCCUGUCCUACUCCAGCCCCUCUGAUUCCUACCAGAGCAAAGGCUUUGUCAUGUCCCGGGCCAUGUAUGUGUGAGCUGCCAUGGCCCUGGCCUCUCACCUCUCACUUUUGAGCCCUUCACUUUCUGGGAUCUAGAUCAGGGAUCUAGUGCCCCCUGACCUCUGGCCAGGCCAUGGCCCGUUAACACACAAAAAUACAUCUCAUCUGUGACUUCUGCCUUGGUGGCUCCACUAUGACCUCUAACCCAAGAUCUCUGACCCAGAGAAACUGGCCAUGCAGAAACCUGGUAACCUUAUCUCACAUGGGGACAGGCGAAUAUGUUUCUGCACAACCUCUGACCCAAGGUCUCCUAAGACUGUGACCUUAGAUCAUACCUCUCAUGUCCCAUCAUCUCCGAACUCCCCCCAAAUCCCAAAGAAAACCCCAGACCUCCGAGUUGUCCUCAGGCAGUAAAAUCCCAAUAAUUCUGCGGGGUAGAUGUUGGGGGUACCCUGCUGCUCAGACCUGAGCCCUCCAGGCAGCAGAGCCCCACUCACCCCCUCCCUACCCUGUCUGUUCCCCAAAGACAAGAGGGAAGGGAUUCCCCAACCCAAGGCAGAGCUUCCCCACCUCCUCCCUCCUGCAGGCAGGAGUCUCAGGGUCCAGACCCUUCCCUGAGCCCCCACUACCCCAAUUCCUGUCUACAGGGAAUUAAGCCUCAUCCCAGGACUAGAUGGGUUAAGCUUCAUGCGGUGUGCCUUGCCGGCCCCAGCCUUGGAAGAAGUUGCUGUUACUUUGAAGACUACUGAGUCCUUUUACUCCUGCCCAGUGGGAUGGGACCCAAACAUCUCCCAGGAGGGAGAUUGGCCGGGGCGGGGGCGGGGUGGAUGCUGGGGAUAUAAUACUGUUUUUGUAAUAUAGCAUUUCCUACAAAAUCUGAGUUUAUACUUUGA